ACGAGCGCCGAACAGUCGCCUUUGGACAGCCGAAUCGACGACUCGCACGCGAUUUAAAACGCCCCGACGCGACCCGAAGCGAGCGACUUAAAACGCCUGCGCAUACGGCUACCGAAGCGCCGGAGCCGGAUUUCGCUACUCCUUUUUUUUCGAGUUGGUUUCCUGUGUGAAAGAAAAGGUUUAAACUGUUCACAAGUUAUCAGCAAAUAAACAACGACUUUCGGUGGUACUCGUGACUUUGUUGGCCUUAAAAACAAUCCGUGUUUCGAGUGAAAAAUUAUAAAAAACAUCAAAACUUCUGGCAGUGAUUGAAACAAUAGAAAACCCAGUGAAAAAGUGACUGAAAAGCGGCAGUGAUUAUCCAGUGAUCCCUCACGUUCGCAGGAUGCCCCACCACUUUGCCCUGAUCUGUGGCCUGGUGCUCCUGGCCCUCGCCCGGGCCAUUCCCAAUGACGAUCUUUGCUACGACAAGGCCGGGGAGCCUCGUGCCUGCGUCCCGGACUUUGUGAACGCCGCCUACGAUGCCCCGGUGGCCGCCAGCAGCACCUGCGGGGCGGAGGGCCCACAGCGGUACUGCGAGUUCCAGGAGCGGGAGCGGGACAUGGCCUGCCACACCUGUGACCUCUCCAAUCCGCUGCGCAGCUUCCCGGCCCGCGCCCUCACCGAUCUGAACAACUCGAACAACGUGACCUGCUGGCGCUCCGCUCCCGUGUCCGGCGGCAACACCAUCGGCGGGGGAGGAGGCGGAAACGGGGACAACGUCACCCUCACCCUCUCGCUGGGCAAGAAGUUCGAGCUGACCUACGUGACCCUGCAGCUCUGCCCGCACGCGCCCCGCCCGGACUCCAUGGUGAUCUACAAGAGCUCCGACUACGGCGUCAACUGGCAGCCAUUCCAGUUCUACAGCUCCCAGUGCAGGCGCUACUUUGGUCGCCCCGCCCGCCAGACUGUCAGCAGGCACAACGAGCACGAGGCCCGCUGCACGGACCUCACGCGCCACGCCCCCGGCGAGGCUCUGCCCUCGAGGAUUGCCUUCAGCACAUUGGACGGACGGCCCUCGGCCCGCGAUCUUGACUCCUCGCCGGUGCUGCAGGACUUUGUGACGGCCACCGAUAUACGGAUAGUGUUCCAUCGCCUCCAUCUGCCGCUGGCCGAGAUGGGGGCAGCCUCGGCCGCCGAGCUGCUCACCGGCGGCAAGUACAGCCUGCCGCUGGCCCAUGGACCGGCGAGUAACAACAACAUUGAGCUGAAUCCUGGAGCGGAGGCAGGAGAGGCGGCAGCCAUAGGACCAGGCGGUGGACUCCACUAUGCCGUGUCUGACUUCACGGUGGGCGGAAGGUGCAAGUGUAAUGGCCACGCCUCCAAGUGCUCGCCGGACGCCAACGGGCAGCUGAGCUGUGAGUGCAGCCACAAUACGGCGGGCAGGGACUGUGAGCGGUGCAAGCUCUUCCAUUUCGAUAGGCCCUGGGCCAGGGCCACGGCGCGGGAGACCAACCAGUGCAAGGAAUGCAACUGCAACAAGCAUGCCCGCCAGUGCCGCUUCAACAUGGAGAUCUUCCGGCUCUCGCAGGGCGUCUCCGGUGGCGUCUGCCAGAAUUGCCGCCACUCGACCACGGGUCGCAAUUGUCACCAGUGCAAGGAGGGCUUCUACAGGGAUCCCACCAAGCCCCUAACCCACAGGAAGGUCUGCAAGGCCUGCGAGUGCCAUCCGAUCGGAUCAUCUGGCAAGAUCUGCAAUAGCACCAGCGGUCAAUGUCCCUGCAAGGACGGCGUCACCGGGCUGACCUGCAACCGCUGUGCCCGCGGCUACCAGCAGAGUCGCUCCCACAUUGCCCCCUGCAUCAAGCAACCGCCGCGCAUGAUCAACAUGCUGGACACCCAGAACACCGCUCCGGAGCCGGAUGAGCCUGAGUCUGUGGCUGCCAAUGGUGGUGGCGGCGUCGCCUCUGGAAUGGCCGCCCAGUCGCAGUACUAUCGCACGGAGGGCGGCAGGGAAUGCGGCAAAUGCAAAGUAAGCACCAAAAGGUUAAACCUAAACAAGUUCUGCAAAAGAGAUUACGCAAUAAUGGCCAAAGUAAUUGGUCGCGAUACGAGCAGCGAGGCGGCCAGCAGGGAGGCCCAGCGCCGCGCAAUGGAUCCCGACGCGGCGGCGGAUUACGAAAUGGACCAGGAACAGCCCGGGGGGACCGUUCAGAGUCCGGCGGAGUACGAGUUCCAGUCGACAGAUCCCAGCUAUCCCAGCAGCGGCAGCGAAACGGCGCGCUACGAUCUGCAGAUCCAGGCCGUGUUCAAGCGAAGCAGGCCAGGCAGCAGCGUCAGCGGGGCGGGGAUAGGGAUCGGGAGCGGAACCGGAACAGGAAGCGGGAGCAGGAGCAGGAGCAGCGUGUAUGGAAUGCCGAGUACAAUGCUAAAACGCGGUCCUAUGACCUGGAUCAUACCGACUAAGAGCCUGGAGUGUCGCUGCCCCAAGAUCAGAGUUAACAGAUCCUAUUUGAUCCUGGGACGGGAUUCGGAGGCGCCACCGGGCUACCUGGGCAUUGGGCCGCAUUCAAUAGUUAUCGAAUGGAAGGAGGACUGGUAUCGGCGGAUGAAGCGCCUCCAGCGCAGGGCGCGCACCUGUGCGUAAUCCCCCCUAGAGAAUUAACCAAACCAGACUAGACUCUAGGCCUAAGGAUUAACGGAAGGAUUACGGGGCGCAGGAGAAGGCCAUCAUAUACCUUUUUUUUUCGUUUUUUUUAUGUCGCCCUUCGAACUAACCGAUUUUGUAGCAGCUUAAGAUCAAACUAGCGGUAUUUAAUUUAUUUAAUUAACUUUAAUUGUUACCAAUCAAUCGAAGCAAUCACUCACACACACACACGAAAGUAUCUAUAUAUGUAAUCUAUGUAAUCUAUAUAUACGAAUUGUAUUAUUCACUAGGAUUAAGACUCCCGUCAGCCCAGUUUAAGAGAGAAACCCAACAAGGACUUUCAAAGGGAAUAAGAUGAGAUUACUCAUCCGAAAUGUCCUUGAACUUACGUACUAGAACAGCCCUGAGCAAUAAUUUAAUUGUAAGGAGAACACUUGAAAGCAUGCACGACUCGCAGAAAUAAAUAGAUAUUGUACAGAGAACAGGCACAAUUUUAUUUUAAAACUUUAAAAUAAAUAAAACACUCAAUUGUGCUGGGGAUUUUAUUGUUAA